UACCUUGCGGGACACACCCGCCAACCAAACGCGACGACAUGAAGACUUUUAUAUGUAUACUAGCUCUGGCAGUUGCCACGAGCAAGGCCGGCUACUCCAGCAGCUAUGACGCUGGCCACGGCGGUCAAGAAGCAUCCUCUGGAUACGACUACACACCACCAGCACAAGGCCACGACUUAACGCAAGGGCACCAGACGUAUACUUCUGCCAUAACAGGACAAGGAAACACACACGAUUUCGGCCAUGGAUUCUCCGGAUCUGCUGGAAAUUUACAAGCUUUUGACCAUGGUGAGCAGCAAGGCCAUGGCGUCCAGGCUUUUGAUCUUUCCGGUCAUGGUGGUCUAAGCCAUGGAAGUCAAGGUUAUGACCUAUCUGGGCAUGGAGGUAGCCAAGGACAUGAAGCGCAAUCUUUCAGCGGACACAGCUUGGGUCAUGGUGGACAGGCGUUUGACCUUUCUGGACACGGAGGCUCGAGCCACGGUCAAGGUUUUGACUUGUCUGGUCACGGUGGAUCCAGCCAUGGAGUUCAAUCGUUCGAUCUGUCUGGCCACGGCGCUUCUCAAGGUCAGAGUGGCGGUCACGGACUUGACCUGUCAAACCACGGCGGUCAAGGACAUGGAGGACAAAGCUUUGUCUUACAAAGCCACGGUGGAGAGGCAGGACAGGCGAGAGGAUACGACUUAAGCGGACAUGAUGACGCAACAGCCUUCGGAGGUGACAUUGGCAGUGACUCUUAUCUGCAAGCUGCUCAUGAUUUUGGACACAGUGGCGGCAGCAAUGAUGGUCAGGGACAUCAAUCUUUCCCACUACAAGAUGGCGGCCAUGAGUUUGGAGGGCACGGUGGUGACCAAAACGUAGUAGUCGAAGAUGGAGGACACGGCCAAGGACACCAAGACUCUUUCGCAGUUGGUGAACACACUGACGUAGAACACCCAGUCGGCAUACCCCACUACAAACACGUUACCGUCCCCAUCCAUAAGCCUCUUCACAUCCAUGUGCCGAAACCUAUUCUCAUCGGUGUACCCCAACCGUACCCUGUCAAGGUUCCAGUGAACAAGCCAGUGGCUGUGCCAGUUGAGACUGAAGUCAGUAUUCCCUUUGAAAAGGUUGUGCCGUACCCAGUGGUCAAGCAUGUUCCUUACCCGGUAGAAAAACAUGUACCGAUUAAGGUAGAGAAAACUGUGACUGUCCAUGUCCCACAGCCAUACCCCGUCAAGAUUCCGGUUUACAAGACCAUCCACCAUUACCACAAGAGCCAUCACAAAUGGUGAUUUCAGUGGGAGGAGUGCCUAGAAAAUAAUUAUACCUAAAUGUGUGUGAAAUUGUGUGUGUUGUAAAUACUAAGCCCGUUAAGUCAUUUUCAACUGUCUUCACGUUGUAGUUGAUUUAUUUAUUAUUACGACUGUUGUUUUUGUUAUUGUUGAUUAAUAUACAAUUGUUACGAUUUA